UGAAGCAUAGUUAAUAGAUCUCCCUCUAUUAACUAUGUUUGAAGUCACUAACUGUAAUGUCUUUCCUUACAUUGAAAGUAAUAAGCCAACCAAUAUGACAUUAUUACCUUUUACACUAUUAUUCCUUUCAAAAAUGUACAAGAUGGAAAGCAUUUUAAGAUUAAUUAUCAAGUCAAUAAUAAGGUCACACAUUGUGAUCAAAGACAAUGAUAUGAUCUUAAAGAGCUUCUUUAUGUGCUUCAGUUGUUUUUGACUUCAUUACAAGUGCGUCCCCAACGGCUACAAACUUCGUUGUGACGCGCUGUUGUAGAUUAUCAUACAUAUGAAAACUUAACAAACUUUAACAAACUUUUGCCCUCAAGUUGCUCAGAUUUGAGAAACCAAAGCACRUGAUGGAUGACGAACUUUCUAGCGAAAGGGAAAUGUCAGAUUCAGAAGAAGARUACAAACCCUUGCGAUUUAAAAGUAAUUUGUCAAUGAAGAAAUCAAGCAAGCCACCCGAACCGUUUAUUGAUGUCUGCUCGUUUACACUUGGGGCAUUUCUUGCUGCACCGUUCAUGGUUUUUGUUUGUUCAGCUGAAGACAUGUUAUCAGGUAGCACAAUGGCYACUGGACUUGUGUUCAUCGCUGCAUCAGCACCCUCUUGUGCAGUCAAAGUAUUUUUCUUGAUUUUCCAAGGAUUGUACAAAACGUCUAUCGUGACAAGAUGUCUGUUGAUGUACAUGAUGGUCGUGGUAGGUUUACURUGUGUUGCUAUGUCUCARACUAGCUACAACCUCCGUUAUGUGGGUGUGUGCUUYGCAUCACUUGGCAUGGCGAUUGGAGAAGUCCAYAUGCUUUGCAUAUCAACCCAAAAACUGCACAAGUCAGCYCUCACCUCUUACAUUGCUGGUACUGCCGCAGGUGGACUACUUAGUACUCUUUUCUAUGUUGCCAUGACUUGCUGGAGUGACGUCAAUCCCCGCGUGUCAUUACUCAUCCCUCUUCUGUGGCCCACUUUGUACCUUCUGGCGUUUGCUGUUUUCCAUAUGGAAUGUUUGAAACAUAUGGGUGACAGGUUCACAAGCGAACCAAGAACGCCAACCCGACGUCCAAGAAGYUUGUGUAUCAGGCAKUUCCUUGGAGUGUGGAAAGCCCUAGAUGUMCUUUCACUUCUUUUCGUAUCAAAUUUCUCAGUGUUUCUCUCACUUGGGGCUAUUUUGACCACGCUUGCUUUCCAACACGUAAAGGAAUUAUACUCUCGCGAGGACUACCAGCACUACAUCUUAAGCUCARUCAUCGGCCAGUUCUUUGGAAGAUCUGCCAUGGCACUCCUAUUGGCCAAAAAGCCUGACAUCCGUGCUACGCCUGUACAAGCAAUCGGGGUGAUCCUUUCAAUAUUCUUCACGUUCCUUCUUUUCUUUGCGUCAUGGUUUCGCUUCAUUUCCGAUAUCUGGGCGGUGUUCACAAUAUGUGUAUUACAAGGAAUGGCAUUGGGUGUAACCUCCAUGAUUUCCUACCACCAGAUCGCCAAAGAUACCAAUUCACAACAUGYUGAGUUACUUCUCAUCACAACCAGUCUUUGGGAAUCGUUUGGGAUACUAUGCGCUGGUCUGAUUGGCCUUCACACCGAGCCAUCCCUGGUAAAGCACUGUAUUGGGUUCAAUUAUGGAGCUUCGGGACAAUGUCUAACCAGAGUAAUGAAUCCCCUAUUUUGGAUGAAUGGAAAGUGAAUGAAAGCAAGAAACACUCUUGGAUAUCGCAAUCUGACUGCUUAAUUUCUUGGAUAACGCAUGACAUUGGUUAAYGUGSGUACGAAACGAAAACUCUUUCGUUUCUAUUURGGAAGAAAUAAAACUAGCUGUGUUUUAUGUCAGUUUUAAUAAUUGUAAUAAUCACUGCAAUUUAAUUACAGAACAAUAACUAUUUUUACUACUUUUUUUAAAGCUAUUUAGCUUUGAGCCAUUCACCUAACAUCUUAUGGCAGAGUUUGUUUAACGGAGAUUGUUUUACAAUUAGAGGAUUUUGAAACAAUUAAAUUAAUAUCAAAUUUAUAGAAUAAAAUAUAAUAGGUCUUAAACUUAGAUGGUCAAACAGAAACAAUGCAAAACUGAAACAAUGGAUCUUAUGAUCAUCCUCACGACAUGUAUUAAGUCAUUUGUAUCGACCAAAAAAUCAAUUUAAUAAGAGURGUAAACACAAACAUUAUUUUAAUCAAUAAAUACUAAAACAAAAACAAAACACAUCCAUGUGCUAGUAACAAUUGUCAAGUCUAUUAAAGGAAAUACUUGUUCA